AUGACCCAGUUCAGCUCUCAGACAACAGCAGAGGAGAUCUGCGAUGCGUUUACCGCUCAAAUCAAGGGAAAGACAUUCCUCAUCACAGGCACCAGCGCCAACGGUAUCGGCGCGAAAUCUGCAACAACAUUGGCCAAAUACUCCCCAGCCCAGAUCAUCCUCGUCUCCCGAUCCAAGCCCAAGGUUGACCCAGUCAUUGAGGAGAUAAAGUCUACCGACAGCAGUGUCUCCGUAAAAUUUGUACCAUGCGAGCUAUCCGACCAGGAUGCUGUCCGCAAGGCGGCCGAGACGAUCCUUUCUGACGCAGAGAUCAAGAAAAUCGAUGUCGUGGUCAACAAUGCCGGGGUGAUGGCCAUCCCCGAAUACACAGUCGACAAAGCCGGUAACGAAAUGCAGUUCAGCGCGAACCACCUGGGGCAUUUCCUUCUCACCAACCUCAUCAUGCCCAAGAUCCGCGCCGCCGGCGCCGGUGCGCGAAUCAUCAACCUGACCUCGCUUGGCCACCGCAUCGGACCCUUCCGCUUCAGUGAUCCCAAAUUCAGCAACGGCAAGGAGUACGACCCUUGGUCCGCCUACGGCCAGUCCAAAACCGCAAACGUGCUCUUCACCGUUGAGCUCGCCCGCCGCCUCAAGCCCCACAACAUCCAGUCCUUUGCCGUGCACCCUGGCCUGAUCCUCUCCACCGGCUUGGGUGAUCACAUGGACUUCGAGUCUCAGAUCCCGAUAUUGAUGGCGGCUGUUGAGAAGAACAACCCGGGACUCGGUUGGAGCUCAUUCGGGCAUCCUAAGAGUGACUCUCAGGGCAGUGCCUCGACGCUGUUUGCUGCGCUGGACCCGGGCAUGGAGUCCGAGACAGGGGCCUAUGUUCUGGACUGCGGCGUGGGAGAGGCCUUGGGGUAUGCAACGGAUCUGGAAAAUGCUAGGAAGCUGUGGGCUUACAGCGAAGAACUCGUUGGUCAGAAAUUUGAUGUCUAA